GGGCCAUUUAAAUGUGUGUGAGGGAGCCCCUGAAAUGGCCGCGCAGGUCGCCGCGGUGCCGCGGGCCCCCGAGGAGCCGCCGCCGCCGCCUUCAGCGGACAGGCCCGCUCGGCCCCGCGGGCCCCGCCGCCGGCGGGCGGCACCCGGCGAGCCGCCGGCCGCCAAGCGGGCCCGGCCGAGCCAGCCGCUGCUUGCGGGGCCCGGCCCGGCAGAGCCGCUGCCCCCGCCCGCCCUCCCUGCCGCCGCGGGGCUGUUCACGUUCUCCCCGCUCAGCCUUCCGCCGCCCGGGGAGCGCCGACACCACCACCGGCACCACGCCGAGCCCGCCGGCCACAAGGCGAGGCGCGGCAGCCCCGCGGACGGCGCGGCGGGGCGGCCCAGCCAGCGAGAAACUCCAGAUGAAAAUGGCAAAACCCAGCGAGCAGACAGUCUUAUUAUGAAGAAGAUAAAGAAAAAAAAGAAAAAGAAACACCGAGAAGAUGUGAGGGGAAAACGCCUGAAGAUGUACAACAAAGAGGUGCAGACAGUGUGUGCUGGGCUCACUCGCAUUGACAAGGAGACUCUGUCUCAAGGACAGUGUGACAACCUGGAAAUGAGCAAGGAAUCCUUCAGGUACCUGAAGGAUGAGCAGCUGUGCAGACUGAACUUGGGCAUGCAGGAAUACCGGGUACCCCAGGGAGUACAAACCCCGUUUGUGACACACCAGGAGCACUCUGUGCGCAGCAGCUUCCUCAAGACUGGCACUAAAUUCAGUAACUUCAUUCACGAGGAGCAUCAGUCCAAUGGAGGUGCCCUGGUCCUGCAUGCUUACAUGGAUGAACUCUCAUUUUUGUCUCCAGUGGAGAUGGAGAGAUUUGCAGAAGAGUUUCUUGCAUUGUCAUUCAGUGAAAAUGAUAAAAAUGCAGCUUACUAUGCUUUAGCCAUAGUGCACGGAGCAGCUGCCUACUUACCAGACUUCCUGGAUUACUUUGCUUUUAACUUUCCAAACACUCCAGUGAAAAUGGAAAUUUUGGGCAAGAAGGACAUUGAAACAACAACAAUUUCAAAUUUUCACUCUCAGGUCAAUCGGACGUACUGCUGUGGCACCUACAGAGCAGGACCCAUGCGCCAGAUCAGCCUGGUGGGAGCCGUGGAUGAAGAAGUGGGGGACUACUUCCCAGAAUUCCUAGAUAUGUUGGAAGAAUCUCCAUUUCUUAGAAUGACUUUGCCCUGGGGGACACUUUCCAGUCUCAGACUGCAGUGCAGGUCCCAGAGUGAUGAUGGGCCCAUCAUGUGGGUGAGGCCAGGAGAGCAGAUGAUCCCCACAGCUGAUAUGCCAAAAUCACCCUUCAAACGGCGCCGGUCCAUGAACGAGAUCAAGAACCUGCAGUACCUACCUCGGACCAGCGAGCCCCGCGAGGUCCUGUUCGAGGACAGGACCAGAGCUCACGCUGACCACGUGGGGCAGGGCUUUGACUGGCAGAGCACAGCUGCUGUCGGGGUGCUCAAGGCUGUGCAGUUUGGGGAAUGGAGUGACCAGCCUCGUAUAACCAAAGAUGUGGUUUGUUUUCAUGCUGAAGACUUCACUGAUGUUGUGCAGAGACUUCAGCUGGACCUGCAUGAACCUCCAGUGUCACAGUGUGUUCAAUGGGUGGAUGAAGCCAAACUAAACCAAAUGAGACGGGAAGGCAUUCGCUAUGCUAGGAUUCAGUUGUGUGACAAUGACAUCUACUUCAUCCCUAGAAAUGUCAUUCAUCAGUUCAAAACAGUGUCAGCAGUCUGCAGCUUAGCCUGGCACAUCAGACUCAAACAGUAUCACCCCGUGGGGGAGACUUCUCCAAAAGCAGAAAGCAAUUCAAGCCUGAACAGUGAUGUUCCUGGAAACACAGAGGCAGAAGGUGAACCCCAAGGUGUGAGUGUAAAAAUAGAGUCUGAAGAACCAGGUAUAGAAAUUCAGCUUACCCCAGGGGUGCUCUCCUCCUCUGUUUCCUCAAUAUCAGGACUUGUGCAACCAGGUCAGGUGGCCCAGCCCCUUCCAGGUUUUAAAAUAGAGUCUGAUCAGCAACACAAUCCACAGGAUCAUGCAGACUCUUCUGUGUGAUAUGUAUAUAUUCAAACAUUUUUUAAACAACUUUUUAAAAUUUUGAUGUGAAGUUAUAGUUUUAUAACUGGCUUAUGUUUUAUUGGAGAAAUCUUGCCUAUAAUUCUAUAAAGAAAGGUGACAUUCCAAAAUGUCAAGCAUAUCUUUUUUACACAGAUUAUGCAAAAUUCAAGUUGUAUUUUAACCCCUUAGUACAACCUGUAACAGUGGUCUACCACUUCUUUCUGUUUAAGUAAAGAGAUGUUGAAUAUCUUCUCAAAGUCAGAUUGAAAUUCCUCCAGGAACAUGAAAUGAUUGAACUCCAUUGGUCAGUGUUAUUUCCCUACUUUUACUUUAUCUCUAAUCUUCGCCAGAAAGUGAUGCUUUUGUAGAAGACUUGCAAAGUGACUUCCCCAUCUCAUUUUAAUUGCUUAAAAAAGUAAAAAAAGGAAAAAAAAAAAAAAUAGAGAAAGCACAGCACUUUUGAUGAUUUGUGGAAUUUUCAGUAUGUCUGUUCUUGACAUGUUGGUUUAUAUACAAGCUAUAGAAAUUGAUGUUUCUUACAGUUCCUACAAGGGUGACCUGUAAAAAGAACUGAAGCAAGUGUCUGAUUCCUGUUGAAAUGCAAUGACUUACUGACCUAACACUUCUCAUAGCACUGCUUAUGUUGUUUGGUGUGAGGGUUUUGCUUCCAAAAUACAUCUUCCCUGAAUGUGAUAAAUGCUAGUGUCAAAAUUAGAGAACCUCUUGGUAGUCUUGUGGAGGAAACUGCUAUCUUUGAGCACUUUAAGGCUUUAAAAUACUUAACCAACUUGGCAGCUUGUUUUGAUCAGGUCGUAACACGUCCAAUGGAUCCACACUUUCCCUUGUACUGAUGCACUUACUAUAAUAAGCAUUGAGCUGAUACCUGACUUCCUAGAAUAAGGACAGCCUUACUGUGUAAAUUCUGUAUUAGUAUUUCACAAUAAAAAGUCUUUUGGCAUUGGACUGCUUUUUCCAUGUGUAGCUCCUGGGUGCCCAGUUACUGUGGAAAAAGCAGCAGCACGUGCUCAAUGUGUGAAGUGUCAGCUAUCAACAGUUUUUAAAUGAUCUUUCAAUAUUUCUGGAUGUUAACGUGUAAUCUGUAUUUGACUUUCACUCAGCCCAUUUAUUACUGCCCUUUCCAGUCAUCAAAAGGAAAAGUCCCUUUUCCCUCUCCCUCCCCCCUCCCCACAUUUAGAGUACAAGUUGGGGUUUGGUGCAACUUAAGCUGUCUCCAGAUAACUUUAUUUGUUCUAAUCCUCACUGGAGUAGGAAAGAUUUGAAACACUAUGUUAGACUAGACAAAAGCAAAGAUGCUGUGUUAGUUCUGGAUGCAUCUUUUUAAUAUCAAUUAUUACUCUUCUCUUUAUAAGGGUCUCUAAAAUAUGUUACUCUAUUAUAAAUCUUACUUUGUGCAAUAUUGUUUGUGUAGGCUUUUAUAUACAUAUUAGCACCUCAGUGUAGAGGUCACUAUUUUAAACUGAUAGAGAAAUAAUCCUCAGAAGAUACUGCAGUGAUUAGUUAGAACCUGUAUUACUCCUUAUGUGUAUGUAUGUAUUGUCUUCGGUACAAAAAUGAGGACUAGGAAAUAUUUCAAUUUAAAACUAAUUUACAGAUUGAAGUGGUAGUGACUCGUUUAGUAAUCUGUGUAAAUAAGGUGUUAGAAUGGAAAGCUUUUAUGAGAAGUAAUGUGAUUCAUGCAGGGGUGUAAUUUAAUCUUAGCAGAAAUUCUAGAUGACUCAGCGCGGCUCAGAAACGAGCCGUCAGUUCUCUGGUGGGUUUUUUCCACUUUUUAUGUUGAGAGGAAUUUCAUAGCUUUAAGGGUUGUGCAAAGUAAAAUUCCUCACAGGCAAUAGUGGUUUCAGUUCAUCCUUCACAUUCAAAGAUUCCCCAGGGGUGUUCUUUCCUUUUGACCAAGUCUGCGAGUCUUCCACGUGCCCGUUCCGCACCUCUCCCGUGCUGCUCCCUGGCCCAUCCCGGGGUGGCCCUUCCCUGGCAGCCAGCACUGAUCACUCAGGAACUGUCACACCUGCAGGGGCCACAGCGAGCCUGCGAAGGCAGAGCAAACAGUGAGAGCCCCCGUGCACCAGCCUGUCUGUUUAUUGGGAAAAUUGGAAGAUUCUCUCUUCAAGAGAAUCCACUUGGAAGUCCUCUGUAAAUUCCAAUAGCAUGUUUUCAAAUGGAGGAAGGAAGACUAGGAUGCUUUGUGCUACUUUCUAAGCUACAGCUUUAGUGAAAUCUGUGACAACCAGCCUGAAAUACCUGGACAAUGCUCUGACUUCCUCUUGCAUGGAAGGACAUGACCAGUAGCAUCAUGCUCUCUGUGCUCUGCUCAGUUACUAACUUAAAACCUAAUGUCAGAUUUAAAUGCACAUAAAUAAAGGUAUAUUUGAAUGACCUGAAUGUUGCUGAUGCUAUCCUACUUUGGAAGACUGAGGGAGAGAGGAACAAGCUUUUUGAGAAUCUCUUACUAAAUCCAUGCUCAGCUUUGCUGUGCUUUAACCAAACUGGCAGACUUUCAAAUUCCACCUCAACUCUGGAUGUAAAGUAUGAGAGGGAUUGCUUGGGAAGCUGCUCACUCCCAGGCCAUUGCUUCAGUUGCCCAGAACAAAGCCUUGAUAAUGGGACAAAUGCAAAUAUUUUCCAGCCCAAGACCUGUAAAACACUUGGUUUUUUAUGAACUUGAGCUGUUUAGAGAGGAUGUAAGGAGUUCAGGCCACUUAGAGUUUGAGCAGAACAAAUCUAGUAAAUAUUUUUUAAUAUCUCAUAUUAAAUAGCUGCUAUUUGAAUUUCUCCAAGAUUUCAUAAAGCAGGCUCCUUGAUGAGCUAAUCAAACUUUGGCAUACUUGAUGUCUUGUUUUAAGGCUGAGGAAGUUGGAGCUGUUCAGUGUGGACACCUUGCAGCCCCUUCCAGGAUCUGCAGGGGCUCAGGGAAGCUGGAGAGGGGCUGUUCAUCAGGAAGGGAGUGAUGGCACAAGUGGGAAUGGGUACAAAAUCUAAAGAGGAGGAAUUUAGGUUAGAGAUUAGGAGGAAAUUUGAUGGGGGGUGGGGAUCUGAUUGCCCAAGGAGGCUGUGGAUGCCCCAACCUGGGAAGUUUUCAAAGCUAGGUUGACCAGCCUGGCCCAGUGGGAGGUGUUCCUGCACAGGGCAGGGAGCUGGGACUCGAUUUUUAAGGUCUAUUCCAACACCUUAACAUUCUGUUAUUCUCAGUGGAAAGCAGAUACAGAACAGUUCCUAAAUAUGAAUGUGCUGGUCAGUUACUGCAAAUCCUCGAUUCUCCAUUUUAUGGGGAUCUGCUCUGUGAUGUGUGUCACAUAGGACGUAGUCCUGCUUUGUGCUGGAGACAGCUGUCACUGGCCUAGUGCUCUCUCUGUGAAACAGAACUGAGGCUUAGGCUCAACUUUAAAUCCAGUGCUGGCGACUAAAACAUCCCAGGGAUAAAGCAAGUGGUUCAGCUGUGCUAGAAAUGGAUGAGUAAAUGCAGUGUAAAGCUGAAAUACCAGCAGGCUUUGGUUUCCUCUCUCCUCUAGACAAAAACUCCAGGUCCCUGUGUGCAGGUACCUGCAACCAGGUGUUCCCAGGGGAUCCCUAAGGGACACUUUUCACAGGGGCUCUGCUGUACUCCGCCAGGUUCCCUGCACAUUACCGGUCAGUUCCCCUGGACAAGGCGAGUUGCCAGAGCUUUCCCCAAGUCCUUCACCGGGGAUGGCCGCCCCGGUUUGGGGUGCGAAUCAGCUGAGCGAUGAACUCUGUGACUGCAGAUCCUGGGCAGCUCCGUGCUGGCUGAGGGGGUGGGAGGGGAGCGGAGGGAUCGCUUCCUCUCUGCCAGAGCCCGUUCUGUCCCUUCCCGUGGGCUCCGAGCAGGGGCCAGGGCACGCCGAGCAUUCAGACAAACACCGGCUUUCUCCUGAUUUCUCUGUACAACAUGUAAAGAUACCGACUCCUGUAUUGCUGUUUCGUGAUUUAAUUUGAUUUGAUUGGCAGCUACGAUGAUUUUUUUUUUCUGUGGUUUUAAUUUAUCUAAGGUGUCUGCCUCCAGAGGACGUGUACAAUUGCCUGGACGACUGUUUGCUUUGUGCGGCCUUAGCGUAUUUAUUGACAUUCGCGCGUGUGCGGGGACGGCCCCGCGCCCCCCCGCGCUGUCGGUAGCUGACUGUACACCAGUGUCAAACUGUUAAGCUAUUUCUUUGUAAAAUAGUCCUGCGGAAUGCAUAGAAUUUUUUUCCUGUAAAGUAUUUUUUUAAUAAACAAAAGUCUGAUUUUGUCCAUUACCCGCCUGCGCGCUUCUUUCCUGGGCGGCUUUGGGGCAGGGGGAGCGCUCGGCGCUCGGCUGGCGCUGCCUGGGCGGGG